UCAUAAAGAGAAGCACAACAUUCACGAAACAGAAGAAGAAAAGAAAGCUGAAUUCACCGUACGGCGCUACAUGUUCCUAGCUUGUUGGAGGCUUAGAAAAGUGUAGUUCAGGGCAACUAUCAUUAAACUCCCAUAAAGCAUCCUUGCAAACAAACCGGACAGUCAUACAACGCACCGGAAGAAGAUCAAGAAGUGAGAGUUAGCGCGCAAACCAAGUCGUAAAGUGGAUGAAGAAAGGUGUCGCAUACUGUAAUUUGGAUGUAUGUGAUGACCUCUCUAUAUGCACAUACACACACGCAGGUGGUGUAAAGCUGUGCCGGAUUGAUGCGCUUACCGUUGCACCCCUGCGGAGCUGUAAACCUUCGAUGUGCAAUUUUUACCCAAAAUAAAGGCAAAAAGACCGAUUGAUCCGGCGAGUGUGCGGGUGGUGUAGUGUCGUGAUGAUGAAGAUGUCUAUGGAGUGUUCAGUGUGAAAAGAAGAGAAGAAAACGGAAGAAACCAGAAGUGUGCAAACUCGUCGGGAAGGGGAGACGCGCGUGACGCUUUUCUGUGUGUGUGUGUGAGUGUAUGUGUUUUGUGCCGGAACGGACAAAAGGUCCUUGUUUAUAUUCCGCAAUCUCGCGUUAAAAGUGCCUAAGAGUAUGAAAGCAACAGCGAAGCAUUCCUCCCCCACGACGUAAGCAUUGUGUGAAUUGUAUUGCGCGAGAGUGUGUGCGUGCAAGUGAUUGAUUGGUUGGAAGUGUGUGAAGAUAUGCUGCAAUCUCUCGCAAGGACAUUCACUUGUCUGUAGACGAAACGCGCGGGGCAAUGCGGUUGCCUUUGGUGGCAAACGUCAUCGGCAAGCAAUGGACGCGUCCAUCGUCAGGCACUUUUCGUCCUCUUGGAAGCUUGGGUACCGAGACCUGCUAGUUGUACUAUCACGCCACGAGCGACAACAACACGACGCGACUGCAUUUAACAUUCGUCGCUAGCGCGCCGUCCAGCUAGGAAGAGAUGAGCAGUGGCGACAACGAUCUGGCAGCAUUUGAUGGACGAAGGAUUCAGCGCGAAGUUUCGGACGAGCGGACGCAACAAGUAGCCAGUGUUGUUGGGGACAGUGCACUACUAGCGACUUCUAUUAGCAUCUUAAAGCAACCAGUAAAUUACCUAGACAACCGGCAGCAACAGCAGCCCGACGAAUGGGCAACGGUAGUACGAUCAUACGGCGAAGCGAAUCUUAAGCACGAUGCUAAUGCAAUUGUAAUGGAUGGUUCUUUUCAACAGCAACACCACGCGAUUAUUAGCACACACCGAGCAAACGUCGACCGGAAAUCGGCAGCGUGGCCACCAGGGUCCUCCCUCCAUGCUGGAGAAUCGAACGCGACCAGCGCACAGUAUGUGGAGCAUUCCGAACCGCGCGCUUUAACGGAAGGUAACGGUGUGCUCGCAUCGGACGGAUCGCUACUGAACGCAGCGCCACACACAGACAGUGGGAAGCAAGUGAUUGAUCAUAGUACGAGCAGCGGCAGCGGCAGCAAUAGCGUCAUGCGCGAUCCUCAAGAAUCUCAUCACCGGGCAGCUCCGCCGGCAGCACCGCUCGGGGAGGUCGAAUCGGGCGAGGACGACAGCGACUGCGUGGUCGUACCGUCCACCGAGCGAAAGGUGGAACCGUUAAAAAUUAACCUAGCCCGCGACCGGGAACCGAUCCGGACAGUCAUCAAGCUAACGUCCGGUGCCGCCGGCUCCGGUGGGCCGGAUCACUUUCAGCAGCUGUCACCCACGAUCCGGGACGUGCCCGGUUCGCCCAAGAUCACCAUUAAGCCUCCGAAGCCACCACCGUCCAUGGUGGCAGACAACCCGUCGAUCAGCGGGCUAGCAGCGGCAGCGUCAUCGUCGGCCGGAUCGUCCGCCACGCUGACCGGUACCGAGCAUCACGGAAACAAUUGUGUCAGCUACAGUGCGGUUUUACCUGCGUAUAGCAGCAUUCCAAAGCUUACCAUUAAACCGAUCAUCAAUCCGGCCGACGAGCCGACCGCUACGGAAGGAUCAUCGUCGGCGACGGGUACGGCGGCAGCAGCCUCAGUAGAGCAAAUGCAUAUUAUUCCUAAGUUACUCAUCAAGGGUUCCGCUUCCUCGCUGGAGGCAAGCCACGGCCGGGACGGAGCGGUGGAACCACACAUUGUGCCUAAGCUAACGAUACGUGGCGUUAAUAACCACAAUCAUCAUCAUCAUCAUCACCAACAGCAGAGUCCGCAGGACACAGCGACCUACCCAGGCGAUGGGCUAGCCUCGGUCGGGGAGAGCCGGGGGGAGAGCAGUGGAACCGGCUCGCCAACGCCGCUAGUUCCGAAGCUAACGAUUAAGAUGGACAACCACCACCCGCAUCAUCAUCACCACCACCACCAUCACAACAGUUUGCGCGUGAAAGAGGCGGCGGACGGUGUUGAGGCAGGCGUCCCCGGUGGCCCGAUUCCAAAGCUGCACAUAAAGACGAACCAACAGGACGGAACAACGACUGCGGUCAAUAGCUCGCUAUCGGCCGGGGCGAACUGUAGCACCUCUGCUACACUCGGGUCUUCCCCGGUGCUGACCAGCUUGGAAGGCGUCAAAGUUACCAUCAAACCACUCCCGGAGCCACCGAAGCUGCCAAAGCUAACGAUCAAGACCACCGGCCUCGGCACGGUGGCGGAAACGAGCGACGUUUCGAUGGUGUCCUCGACGAGCAAUAGCUUCUCGCCCAAGCUGCUCCCUUCCGUGGUCGGCUGUUCCGGCGAGCAGCUGCAGCACCAUUCGAUUGGGGCGGGAGGUGCGCCAGGCGUUUCUCUAUUGCUACAGCAACACCAAUCCCAGCAACCGGCUUCCCCGAGCGAUCAGCACUCCAACAUCAGCUCUAGCUCGAUCCCAAAGCUAACGAUCAAGCCGAUGCCGCCGAAGGAGACCACCCAAAACUGUUCGGCCGAAGGCAGUAGUGCCGGAACGGCGGAAUUGCCACCCACUGUACCGAAGCUGACGAUUAAACCGAUCCUGCCACCGGCGAAGCAAUCCGGCGAGGACAGCAGCAGUUCCAGUGAGACCAGUAUUAACUCUCUCGAAUCAUCGCCCAUUUCAUCGUGCUCGUCGGCACCGACGUCGGCCGCGGUAACGACCUCCCCGUCGACGGCACUGAGAAUGACAAUCAAGGUACCUUCUUCAGCUCCACACCAGCAGCAGCAGCAGCAGCACGAAACUAACCCUGUGGGACACUCGGCGAGCACAGCACUGGCCGAAUCGCCCACUUCAUCCGCAGCGGCUGGUGGUGCCGCGGUUGUCACAAGGCUUAACAUCAAACCGAUUCUGCCUCCUCCUCCCCAACCAAACGCAGAACUGAUGACUGGCACGGUGCACACCACGGACCGCUCACUGCUGACGUCAGACGAUGGCGAUUCCACUCCGCCUUCGUGUGACGAUUCGCAUAAACCGAUCGUUAUACCGAAGGUGACGAUCAAAACGCUAGCCAAUCCGCGUGGCCAAGAGACGGAAAUUUUAUCCACGCCCAAGGUGACCCUGAAACCGAUCCCGAAACCGCAGGACGAUGCAGCGGGCAGUCCGGUCGAGCGCCAUCCGCCGCUGGCCAACAACACCGGCCACUCGCCGACAAACAGUGCCGCUGCCGGUAUGCCCGAUGGGACGGAUUCGCCGAGAAUUAUUUUGAAAAUUAACAAAGGCUCCUCGACGACGUCGACGACAAGCGCGGAACAGCUGGAGGGUGCCGCAGUGGACGCUGCACAGCCAACGGGUGUAGCUCCAGCGGGCGGCAGCAUUUCCAUACUAGCGAACGAGCUGAAACGACCGGCCGCGAGUGCGAUGGGAGGCACCGCAACGCUCUCCUCGUCUGGCUCAUCCUCGUCGGUAUCGUGCGCGUCGUCGUCCUCCGUUUCGGCUUCGGCCACAUCAUCGUCCGCCGGGUCGGAUCCUGCCUCGCCGUCUUCCGGUGGUGGCGGUGAUCAGGGUGAACCCGGGUCGCCCGAGGUGAAGAAGAGCAAGCUCGAUCACACGCAGCUGAAGCUGUCCCAGCAGAUGCAGGACGUACUGGAGCAGCAGAAGGGCCUGCUGCGGCAGUCGAUGCUCCAAUCGCAGCACCAAUAUCAGCUACAAACAGCCCCAAACGCGGAACUGACCCGGCGGCAACCAGCGGCGCCAACCGGCGCCACAAUGUCAAAAAGUGCCGUGGCCGAUGUGAUUGUGAUAGACGACGACAGUAAGUCGGAGAACGAAGCGCCGAGGCAGGAGGGUGGCGCUAGGGGAAAGUUUGCCACUGCACGAGCCCCCCACCCGUCCGCCGGCGAUCCGUUGGCCCUGAACGAUAGGGAGCUGGCCGAGCGAAUGUACCCGACAUCGUUGCUUGCCGACGGUGGCGCUGUUGCCGCGCCGUCCCCCAGAUCGAGACGCACGCGAGGGACACCACGCGGUGCUGCACGGCAAUCGCGAAGGGGUCGCGGUGCUGCUGGAUCAGCCGCCGCCGCCGCUGCUGCCGCUGCCGCAGCAGCUGCUGCAGCGAGACAGCAGGAGCUGGAUGCUAGUGCUGCCGUAUCGCAGCUGCUGGGGCUGCUGGCACAAGACGAUCCCGAGGAAGGCUCCAGCUCCGACUGCAUGAUCGUAGAUGAGCCGGCGCGCGCGCUGAACGCGAACGCACCGACAUCCUCCUCCGCGACCGGGCUGCGUGAAAGCUUAACGCUUGAAAGUCUGCUGCGCGGCGGUUCGAAACCAUCGGCUGCAUCGCUGAGCGGAGGGGGCAGCAGCUUCUACAGCAGCGUCCCGAUGGCUGCCGGUGGCGGUGGCGGCGGCGAGGUCGAGAAGAAUGGCACCGCCAGCAAUAGUUCGAUCGGCAGCGUGACCAGCUCGGUUAGCAGCUCCGUCGCGGUACCGGCUUUGGCGACGCCGGCGGCAGUGGCGAGCGGCCGGACACCGGCUGCCGGAGUGCGCAUGAGUACGCGCCGUGGCGCUGGGCAGCUGCUGAAGGAUGCACUCAGCAACAAGCACCAGGACCGGGAUUCGGGCGUGGACGAGGCGCGCACGGACGGUGAGUGUGGUGGUGGUGCUACGCCUUCCAAGAGGCCGCGCGGGCGCCCCAAGAAGCAAUCCGUCGAUCUCGCGACGGAAACGAACGGCGGCGGGAACAGCAACUCAGUGGACGGUAGCACCAACGACAACAACGUGCUGCUGGCGAUGGCAAUGAUGGGAGGCGCCGAUGGCGGUCCCGCACUGCUGCGACCGGAGGAUCGGGCGCUGCUUGGCGCGCAGCAGUUGAUGGAAGGUAUAAUGCCUCUGCCCAGGACGCCAGCACGGACGCCAAGGACAAGAGGACGUGGGCGAGGCAGAGGUCGAGGAAAGCUGAGUUUGGCGGACGGUGCAGCCAGUGUGUUUGGCGGGACGCCCAUAGCUGGAGCAUCACCUGUCGAUGGAAAUGUAGAUCCAUUAUUUAUCGGCACGCCAAACAGCCACGAUCCGUCCGCGGAUGCAAUGCAAGGCUUUCAGCUGUUGUUCGGUCACCUUCAAACGCCCCGCGGAGCUGGUGGUAGUGCACGCUCGCGGGGCGGCAGACGAGGCGCCGGUUCGCGAGGACCCCGCACACCCAGGGGCGGUCGUGGGGCGGCAAAGGCGGCAAUGGCAGCAAUGCUGGCCGCUGCUAGUGCCACACCACCGGCCGAUCUCGUUGGUUCGUUUGCGGAUCUAACGGCAGCAGAGGAGGCGGCAAAGAGCCAGCUGCUCGAUGCGCUGCAGCAGCAACAGGAGCAGCUACUGCAACAGCAGAUGCCACUUUCGCCGGUAGGCGCUGUGGUGGACGUGACGCCAAAACCGAGAGGCCGUGGACGAGGGACGCGCGGAACCAGUGGAAUGGCGAGCAGACGGAAAGGGGUACGAGGAAGUGCUAAAGCUGGCCGGGGACGGAAGUCUCUGGAACUGGAGUCGCCGAUGCUGCUUGGUAUUAGUGGUGGUGGAGGCGGUAAUGCUGCCAGCGAGUUAAAUUCGGGACCAACCGUACCCGGUGACAGCAAGAACAACGCCAUCUUCAUGACACCGAUGGCGGGAGGUUUGGAUCCCAACCGACCGAAGCUGCAUAUGCGUGCACUGAAAACACCGAAAAAUGAGAUCAAAACCAACACACCACCAUCGAGCGCGGAAAACACGCCGUCUGCUGGCGUAACGCCUUCGCGUACGACGCCAACCGCGGAUGAUACCAGCGGCACGACCGGUGGGCUGCAGGUGUUUGAAGAGGAUACCCGCAUGAGCGGAGACUUUAACUUCACCACCCCCGUGCGUCUGCUCAGCACCGGUGACGGGUGUUUGCAGCAGAACGAAGAAUCCCAAAGCUCGUACCUGAGUAGCACCAGCGUUACGCAGGAUGCUACCAACCAAACGUUACCGAGUGCGGCAACGGGUGCCCCGGCGGACGGAAAAUCGGGGGCAGAACUGGGCACGGCGGCACACGUAUCGGAGGCACCAAAAGAAGCCAUCUCGGGUGCGACGUCCGCCGGCAACAGCAACAGCAGUAGCAGUCGGCGGCCAAACAAAGGCAAAAUGGAAGUGCUCGAUGCUCAUCGUGCUCAGUUUACGGUGGACCUGCUGGCCGAGUACGAGUGGCCACCGCCCAGCCCGGGCACGCGGGGUGCCGACACGUUCAUGAUACAGGAACAGAUCGCGGAGUAUUUGGGCGUGAAGAGCUUCAAGCGCAAGUAUCCGGACCUGAUGCGGCGCCCGGUGGACAUGGAGGAGCGCAACUUCAUCCUCGAGCAGGGGCUGGCCUCGGAGAAGAUGUGCGAUCUGGGGCUGACGGCCGUGUACGCCUCGGAAAUACUGGACAUCAUGUGCGCCGACUAUCCGGACAAGUACGAAGAGUACACGCGGUACACGCGCGAAAAGCAUUUCCGCGAGCUGAGCAACCGGCAGCGACAGCAGCAGGAAGCGAUCAGUGCGGUGGUCGCCGCUGCACCAGUGGAUCGCGCACAGCUGGCGAAGGAAAAGGCGAUCGAAUCGGCUGCUAAUUGGAACUGUAGCUUUAACAAAGAACGGCGCGAAUCGAGGCGAGCGUGCAUGGAUCUGCAAACGUACGUGGUGCAGGUACCGAAGCGACAGGAGCUCACCCGCCCAGAGGGACACCAGCAAACGACGCCGAAGGCACAGCCCACCAACUAUCCGGUGGCGCUUGUACCCGGGCAGUUCAGCGAGUAUUACACUACUUACACACCGGAAGAGUUGGCAUGCUAUCCAAUCAACACAGUGCUGCUGGAUCCGUUUGAGUUGCAGGAGAUUGUUUCAUCCGAGCGCUAUCGCAAGCUGGUGGCGGCUGAAGAGGCACGUCUCCUUGAAGACGAUAGCAGCAGUAGCAGCAGCGAUAGUGAUAGUGACGACAGCAGCAGCAGCACCGACAGUGACACGAGCAGUGGAAGCAGCGGCAGCAGCAGCAGCAGCGACGAUGAAGCGGAAGGGGGGCGAAGAAGACGCGCGCCAUCGAGCAGUGGAUCGUCCUCGAGCGAUAAUGAAGGUGACGGUAAUGUAAGCGUAAAGAAAGAAUUACGUCGUCAGAAGCGCAAAGGACGCCCCAGUGCUGCGGAUGGUGGUAAGGGCAAUUUGGCGGAAGCUACUCCUACCGUUCCUUCGGCGACCGUUGCUGCUACCCCUGUAAGACGUUCGAGUCGAACAAUGAGUGCCGGUGUGCCAGUAGUAGCACCUUCCACUGUCGUGUGUAAAGAACCUACCGAUUCUGAUGAUUCCGAUGUUCCGCUGAUUGCCGUUAAGAAGAAAAAUAAUCUAGCCACAGGCGGUGCGGUACCUUCGGCGGGUGGUGGUAAACGAAUGCAGGAAACGGUUGUAACACCGGUGAAACGCCCCCCGUUGAAUCCGUUCCUGUGCGCCGUUUGCAUGGGACCGGAGAAUAAGAACAAGUACAGUAAACCGGAACUGUUUGUACGCUGCACUCGUUGCCGUCGGAAAGCCCAUCCGUCCUGUAUCGGUAUGUCUUCGGUGAUGUAUAAACGUGUGCAGCAGUACAAGUGGCAGUGCUCGGAGUGCAAGCUGUGCAUGAAAUGCAACCGGCAACCGGCAGCAAUCGACAGCAAAAUGGUUUACUGUGAUCAGUGUGACAGAGGAUACCAUUUGGCUUGCAAGGGGCUUCGCAAUUUACCCGAAGGACGAUGGCAUUGCAACAUAUGCACCAUUUGCGGUUUAUGCGGCGCCCAAACGCCCGAAGGUCACCCGAACCCGCACCUUUCCGCCCAGCAACGGCAACAGCUGGCAAUGGUCGCCGAAUGGACGCACGAGUACGGCUUAAACUCGCUUACGAACAUACGGGAGCACCUGCGAACACUCUGCGUUCCUUGCGUGCGGCAGCGAAAACAAUCUCAGCAGCAGCAUCCAGUUCCGCCCAAAGGAAACAGUGAAAAUGUGACAAUGCUUAACCACAACAAUAAUAAUAACGCCGAACCGAGGAAGCUAUUGGAAGGAACAACUCAGGGGGUGAGUGGAAUAAGGCCAUCGCCGGUUGUUAGUGGUCCCGGCGGAGUGGUUUCCAUGAAACCACAAUAAUCACAAUUGUUGAAUCGGUAUCAUCAUGAAAAGUAAAGGGAGAACACUAAGCCAGCUGGGUGGGUACGGUUAGGGAUGGUAAAAAUGUUAAGAAGACGCUGCUAUUGAUAUGGCACGAUGUUAUCGGUUGGUGGCAAAGUUAGGUAAAUGAAAGAAAAAAAAACAAACCAGAAGCGCAAUGGACGGACAAGGACAGGCUCGCAUAAUGAUGUUACAUUUUAUUUUUUAUUCAUGUUAGUCAAUAAUCGUACUAAUUUGAA